AUGUUUGACCAUGAGCAGCAGGUUUUUCAGACACCAGCCAAUCAGUUGCCCCCCGGGGAUCUGACCAUCACGUGCCGCUCCAACACAUAUCCCAAAGGAUUCUACUGCACCUGGACACAGCUGCACCGGACCUUCAUCCCCACCAACUUCGACGUGGACGUGCAACAUAACCAGCGCUCUCUGGAGGUGCAGCCCGACCCAUUCCACAAGAACCGUUGUCACGUGCGCUUUCCAGAGGUGUUCUCCAGCUUCCUCUACCUGGUUAACAUCACCGCCAUCAACAGCCUGGGAAAGGCAUCUACCAUUUACUCUUUUGAGGAGUCCAAUAUAGUGAAACCAGACCCUCCGGAGCGCGUGGUGGCCACCCCGGUUAGGAACAACCCUCGCAGGCUGGAGGUGUCCUGGAACAGCCCAUCCACGUGGCCCGAGAUCAACAGCUUCCCCCUCAAAUACUUCCUCCGCUACAGGCCCCUCAUCCGGGAGCAGUGGCAGCAUGUUGCGGCUAAGGACACAGAGAUCGGCACAUGGAGCGACUGGAGCGUGGCUGUUCAUGCCACCACCUGGAUCGGAGAAAUCACCUCUCCUCCGGAUGUCGACCCGGUCAUCCCAGAGGACAGUUGUUUUGGACACACAGACCUCAAAGUGUUCAAAGUAGGUGUUACUGGAACCAGGGCCACAUACAGCACUGUUUUUCAUGGUUUGAGUGACUGGAAGAAGGUCCUGGCCCUCUCCAUUGGGUGA